GAAUUCAAAUAUGACUACUAUACGUACAACGUGGUGAUAACGGACAAACUAGGGCACGACACGUGUACCGUGACGAACAAUUCACAGGUGCUUGACUCGGGAGAUGACCACAUCCAGCUUCAGUACGGAAACAAUUACUUCAUAGAUGGCUCAUCGACAAUUUGUUCCGGCGGAUUGAAGAUGGCCAUCUUCGCAAACUCGCAGCAUGAGAAGGAGCAGCAGCAACAACCUCAACUUUGA